UCUGUGUGUCACUGAGUGUGGGUGACUCUUGCCGGGACCAGAGAUGUCCGUGUGGUUAUGUGUUUGUGAGGCCCCCUGCCCCCUGGAGCACUGCCAGAAGUAGUUGCUGCCCUUUUGAAGCCACAGCUGGAGGCCAGGCAAGAGGGUCCCCCCACAACCUCCCUGGCUUGCAGAGAACUGUACCCCUUCUCUAGGGCCCAAGCAUGCCCCGCUCCAGGAAUCAGAACUAGCUCUGCUGGACAGGCUCUGGAGCCAGCCUUGACGUCUUAGGUGAGGCCUGUCUCUUGCCCCACACUCCACACUGGAGCUACUUGCUCCAGAGGGAAGGGAUCGUAUAAACAUCCUCUCCAUAUUUGGGGCCCCUGGAUUUCAAGGGCCACAUCCCAGCCUGGUCCUAGUUGGCCUUGCCUGCUUUCCUCUGGGACCUGAAUGACCAAACCACUUCCCACCAUGGCUCCUGGAAGGACUAAAUGAAGUCAUGAGUGUAAAGUGCUCCUGCAUGGCCGGCAGCCGGAUGCUCGGGCCCAUUGGGCUGGCCAGUGGCCGCCUGCGGGAUGAGCAGACUGCUGGGGGGGACGCUGGAGCGGGUCUGCAAGGCUGUGCUCCUCCUCUGCCUGCUGCAUUUCCUUGUGGCCGUCAUCCUCUACUUUGAUGUCUACGCCCAGCACCUGGCCUUCUUCAGCCGCUUCAGUGCCCGGGGCCCUGCCCAUGCCCUCCACCCAGCAGCCAGCAGCAGCACCAACUGCUCUCGGCCCAACACCACUGCCCCUAGUUCCAGGCUCCCUGAGGUCCCCAGUGCACGGCCUGGUCCUACGGCUCCUGUCCUGCCACACUGUGCUGACAUGCCGCCUAGUCUUGUGGGCCGACUGCUGAUUGAGUUCACCUCACCCAUGCCCCUGGAGCGGGUGCAGAGGGAAAACCCAGGCGUGCUCCUGGGCGGCCGCUAUACACCGCCUGACUGCAUUCCAGCACAGACAGUGGCAGUCAUCAUCCCCUUUAGACACCGGGAGCAUCACCUUCGCUACUGGCUCCACUACCUGCAUCCCAUCUUGAGGCGGCAGCGGCUGCGCUAUGGUGUCUAUGUCAUCAACCAGCAUGGUGAGGACACUUUCAACCGGGCCAAACUGCUCAAUGUGGGUUUCCUGGAGGCAUUGAAAGAGGAUGCUGCCUAUGAUUGCUUCAUCUUCAGUGACGUUGACCUCAUCCCCAUGGAUGACCGCAACCUGUACCGCUGUGGUGACCAGCCCCGCCACUUUGCCAUUGCCAUGGACAAGUUUGGCUUCCGGCUACCCUAUGCUGGCUACUUUGGAGGUGUAUCAGGCCUGAGUAAGGCGCAGUUUCUGAGGAUCAAUGGCUUCCCGAACGAGUACUGGGGCUGGGGUGGCGAGGAUGAUGACAUCUUCAACCGGAUCUCCCUAACUGGGAUGAAGAUCUCACGCCCAGACAUUCGAAUAGGCCGCUACCGCAUGAUCAAGCACGACCGGGACAAGCAUAACGAGCCUAACCCUCAGAGGUUUACCAAGAUUCAAAACACAAAGCUGACCAUGAAGCGGGAUGGCAUUAGGUCUGUGCGGUACCAAGUCUUGGAGGUGUCUCGGCAACCGCUCUUCACCAACAUCACAGUGGACAUUGGGCGGCCUACAUCAUGGCCCCCCCGGGGCUAACACUAAUGGACAAAGGAGCUUGGUGCCAAGGAAGACUGACCUACAACUUGGCUGAUAGCUGCUCUGUGAGGGACCCCCCCCAGGACCGAGACUGUGGGCUGUUUCCUGGGGGUCUUAAUAGACUGCCAGCUAUACCUAGAAGUUUCAGAACCCACUUUUGAGGAGCUUCUGGCCUGGAGAGGCCCCUCAAAUGUGGCCCUCUCGGGGGUCAACCCUUCUUCCUGCCCAACUUCCCCAAGCCCAGCUCUCCUCACUGUCAGGGUUGGGCCAGCCCCUGCACUGCCUCGCGGAGUGGCCUAGGCUAGGUCACUCCACCUUUCUGUGCCUCAGUUUCCCCCUCCCCCAAGUCCCCUAGGGCCUGGAAGGGUGGGAGGUAUGACUAGGGGCAGUGUCUCUUCCAGGGGGAAUUCUCAAAUCUGGGGAUUCCCCCAUGCUUCCAGGGGAGGGGAAACCUUUUUCACUCAACAUUGUAGGGGCAAGCUUUCGAGUGCCCCCUGUCGUGGAGCGGGACCAGAGGGGGUGCUGUGUUGCUGCCUGGGAUGGCAGGGUUGGCCCUUGCAUGGGGGCAUGUGGGGCUUGGAUUAGUCGGUGGUUCCCUCCUCCCUCUCUCAGAGGAGGCCGAAGCCCCUGGGCCGCCUCAUGUUUGUACAUUGCACAGAAACUUGUGUGGGUGCUUUAGUAAAAAACGUGAAUGGA